CCUCCAAACUCUCCGUCCAUACACCACCGGCAAACCUGCACGCAAAAUGGGCAAGAAGAAGUCCUCCGUCCCCGCCGAAGAGCAUCUCUUGUUGCCCCAGCACCCCGGCCGCCCUGACGCGCAAACUACGCCCAUCGUAGACACGCACACGCAUCUGCUAUCCACAUUUUCGUGCUACCGCAGCAAGUACAAGGAGGGCAAGCACGACACGGUCUACGACUUCGUGCGCGAGCUAUACCGAGGCCAUGGGGUGGACGCGAUCGUGGACGUGUACUGUGAAGCUCCGGUCACGAAGCAAUGGCGGGAGCUCGCGGACUCCGCGCUCUCGGAAGAAGACAGGAGGGUGAAGUGGGGCGGACUCGAGUAUUGGUUUGUUAUGGGUGUCCAUCCGCACGAAGCGAAGGAAUACAAUGACGACGUAGAACGCGAUAUAUUGGAAGCAAUGGCGCAUCCGCGCUGUGUGGGAUGGGGCGAGAUCGGGCUCGACUACCACUACGACAACUCUCCGCGCGAGCAGCAGCAAGAAGUAUUCAUCCGCCAGCUCAAGCAGGCCGUGCGGUUAGGAAAACCGCUGACCAUCCACACACGAGAAGCGGAAGAGGAUUCUGAGCGCAUUCUCAAGGAAUACGUCCCCAAGGAUCAUCGGAUACACAUACACUGUUACACCGACUCACCCGAGUGGGCCGCGCGCAUGCUGGAGCAUUUCCCCAACCUCUACAUCGGGAUCACAGGCGUCAUCACAUACGCGACGAACCUCAACACUUCCGCAGUCAUCCGGCAAAUGGCUGCCGCCUCCGCCUCCCCUCUGCGCAUCCUGCUAGAGACGGACGCGCCAUAUAUGGCCCCGUCCAACAUCUACAACACGCUCAAGAACGUCAAAGGCCGGCUGCCGAUCUCGCACUCGGCAAUGAUCCCGUGGACUGCGGAGUUCACGGCGGAUAUGGCGAAUGAGACUGCCGCAGAGGGCGCGCGGUGGGACGCCGAGAGGGUCCUGCGGGAAGGCAGAGAGAAUGCUAAGCAGAUGUAUGGCGUAUGA